CUGUACUCAGAGUUGAGUUUCUCACUUGUUCAUUAUUCUAAUAUUCUUCUGAUUCUUGCGCAUGCUAAACAGAAACUUCAGCGUUUGCAAGGAGAAAAGGCUGAGAUGCAUGCAAGGCUUUCAUCCCUUCUUUUGGAGGUAGCAGAGCUCAGAGAUGACAGGGAGUUACGGACAGCUGCUAUUAACGACUUGGGAAGAACCAUUGCGAAGAUUGAAAAGACUGAACGUGCAGCACAUGCUGCAUUGGGAUCUGCACUAGGCCCAGCAGGACUUGGGGCAAAUAAACGUGGCGCUAACCCAGCCGUGGCGGUCCCAGCAAACAAACAGCAGAAGUCAAUUGCAUCCAUUGCAAAGCAGCUGGUUAAGGCUAGGUUGGCAGAGGCUGGUCUUCAAAGGAAGUUGAGGGCCUGCUUAAGGACUGAGAACGAAUUGCAGAAGAUGGUGGCAGAAAGAGAUCGCCGAAUAGCACACUUGAAGCAUACAUUGAAGGUGAGACACUACUAAAAGCUAACCGCGACUAGCUUAACAAAGGCCGGGGAAUGUC